UAGUCAGCUGAUGGCGAGAAGUUAGCCGCGGUCACCUGUCAAGACGCCAUUGUUAUUGUGAAAAUUUUGUUGCACUGAGCUACAGUGUUCUUUGUCUUCUCCUGCAGUUCGUGGUUUAUAGCGUCAUAUUUAAUAUCGUGAUAAAUUAUACGCGUUUACAUACCGUUCAAUAAAUUGAACGGACAUAAUGGGUCUUAUUUGCUCUACGGCACAGCUUGCUUGCCUUUGUGGAAGCACAGCUUGCAGCUUCUGUUGCUCCCAAUGUCCAACAUGUCGCAACAGUACAAGUACUCGUAUUAUGUAUGCAUUAUUAUUAAUGCUGGGAACAAUUGCUGCUUGUAUUACAUUGGCUCCUGGUUUACAGGAUGCACUUAAAAAGGUUCCAUUUUGUACCAAUAGUUCAAAUUACAUACCAUCAAAAUUCACCGUUGAUUGUGAAUCUGCUGUUGGAUAUUUAGCAGUCUAUAGAAUAUGUUUUAUUAUAGCCCUUUAUUUCUUCCUAAUGUCAAUUAUGAUGAUAAGAGUAAGAAGUUCUAAAGAUCCUCGGGCUCCUAUACAAAAUGGAUUCUGGGCCAUUAAAUAUCUUCUAAUAAUUGGUGGAAUAAUUGGUGCUUUCUUUAUACCUGAAAAAUCUUUUGGGACAACAUGGAUGUAUUUUGGUAUGAUAGGAGGCCUUCUUUUUAUUAUUAUACAAUUAAUUCUGAUUGUUGAUUUUGCCCAUACAUGGGCAGAUAAUUGGGUAGGGAAUUAUGAAGAUACUGAAUCAAAAGGAUGGUAUGCUGCACUUUUGGGAGCAACAUUAUUUAAUUAUGCUGUUUCUAUUACUGGAAUUGUUCUAUUGUUUAUAUACUUUACACAUGCAGAUAGUUGUGAUUUGAACAAAUUUUUCAUAUCUUUCAACCUGAUUUUAUGUGUAAUUGCUAGUAUUGUAUCAACUCUAUCAACUGUGCAAGAACAUAAUCCACGAUCUGGUCUUCUUCAAUCAUCUAUUGUAUCCCUGUAUGUUGUUUAUCUAACUUGGAGUGGAAUUUCAAACAGCCCAGAUCGUGAGUGCAAUCCUGGAUUUUUAGGAUUAAUUUCUGGCAAUGAUGCUGAUGCAAAAAAUCGUGUUGCCUUUGAUAAGGAAAGCAUUAUUGGAUUAAUUAUUUGGUUUAGCUGCGUACUCUAUAGUUCUUUGCGUACUGCAUCUAAAUCAUCAAAGAUUACAAUGUCUGAAAACAUUUUGGUCCAGGAUAAUGGAGCUGUCAAGAAUGCAGGAGACCAAAGUCUUAUCAACAAUGAAGAUUAUACUCCGGUAGAAGGUCGCAAUCCUGAUUCAGAAACUGGAAAUGAAGCUAAAGUUUGGGAUAAUGAAGAAGAUGCUGUAGCUUACAACUGGAGUUUCUUCCAUCUCAUGUUUGCUCUGGCCACUUUAUACGUUAUGAUGACACUUACUAAUUGGUAUCAACCAAAUUCCAAUUUGGAUACCUUGAACUCUAAUACUGCUUCAAUGUGGGUGAAAAUUAUAUCUUCCUGGAUGUGCUUAACACUGUAUAUUUGGUCAUUGAUAGCUCCAGCAGUAUUAAAAAAUCGGGAUUUCUCUUAAAUACAUUAUCUUUACAUCAAGAGUGGUAAUUAGCAGUUUUUGCAAUGCCUCUAUAAUAUAGACUUUGUUGUAAAAUUUCCAUCUGUAGGGUGAUAACAUUGUAAGUAUCAUUUGAUAUAUUAUUCUGUUUGAUAAAUUUUUAAGUUAAUUUGCUUUAAUAUCAUUAAUAUAGUACAUUCGUACAUAUUAAAUAGUAGAUUUAGUAGAAGUAGUUUAUAAGCUUUUUUUUAAAUGAAUGCAGAUUUUUAUUGCGGGAGUCUAUAUGUUUUGAACAACAAUGGGUUUACAGUCAGUUUCGUAUAAUGAAAAUAUGAAUUGUUUCUUGUAUCUAUUUUAAAUGUUCAAAGUGGAAUCAUUUGUUCUUGUAUAAAAAUUAAAUUCUAAUUAAAAUUGUUUAAAUUAGCAAUAUAAUAUUAAAAUAU